CAGAUUGCCAAGGAGAGAGGAACUGAGGGGCUGGAACUGCACAUGUGCAUCUGGAUCCAAAAACCACUGGACAACUAAAUGAGAAACAACACAGAAUGUUCUGGAGCUACAAAUCAGAGCAGAGCCUUUUCUAAACCCAGCAAGAAAAGGAGUGGGAAGAGCAUCCAUUUCUCAAGAAACCUUUCAACACAGCAAGACUAUUGUAACUAGUUCUGGGGAUUCUUCUUUUUGUGUAUCUUUUCAGGGAAACUAUUCAAUGAAAUGUAUUCUGUGGGGGAUCUGCAGAAUAAUUGAAAAACAACUUUUUGUAACUUCGUAACAAAUCCAGUGUUGAGCUAUUUUACCUCGGAGCGCAAAUAAUGUUAGACAAAGAAUUUUGGGUCUUUUUGCUGUUUCUUUGUCUAAGUGUGAGUACAGUCAAGAGCCAGGGUUCUACCCAAGAUGCCUUUUUACUCCAGUACCUGGAGAGGAGAUUGGUUCAGAUAGAGGAGCGGCUGAAUCAAUGUGAGCAAAACACAGUGAGCAUAACUCAGAAGACCUACGAUGUCUCCUCAGAAAUGAGAGCUCAUCUGUCCACCUUGAAUGUUAUGAGAUCAGAGGUGAGGAGCCAGCUGGACAGCAUCUCUGCACGUGUAGAGCGAGUGGAGAGAGAACUGGAAUAUCUCGAAAACAAAAUGCCCGCACAAUCGGAUAUCGAGAUGGAGGAGGCGCUGCUUGAACAACAGAUAAAAGCAGCAGAACUCGACCAGAUAAAGAGGAAAGCUAAAAUCAAAGUGGAAAAUGAUUGCAAUGUAGCCUUGAGUCAAAUCAAGUCUCUCAAAAUGGUGAAAAAGAUGGGAGAUAACGCAGGCUCCUGGUUCAAGGAUCCUUCUGAUGGCUCAGCCAAGGUCUACCUGCUGAGUGGAAUCCGUAACGACACACUGCUGGAGUACACAUCGCUACAAAGCUUCUCAGAGAAAGUCGCGGUACCCCCGGCAAAAGUGGUCAAGUUGCCUUCUUCAUGGCAGGGAACAGGCCACAUAGUCUACAAUGGAUUCCUCUAUUACCACAAAGCAGACACGCCCAACCAGAUACUAAAGGUUGACUUGUCCAAUGGCACAGUGGUGGACAGCACCAUUCUCCCAAAUGCUGGUGGUCUCCCAGUGUACAGCUUGAAUACCAACACUUACUUGGACAUGGCUGUGGAUGAACUAGGUCUUUGGGUCAUUCAUGCUGACCCGGAAUACGGUGGAAACUUGGUUGUAACUAAACUGGAUAAAGGAAACCUGGCAGCCGAGUAUACCUGGGAUACACAGUGUAAAAGUCAUGAUGCUGAAGGAGCAUUCAUAAUAUGUGGGACUCUUUACGUUGUCUACAACACACACUAUGGAGGGCGGUCAACUGUACAGUGUCUCUAUGAUAUUCACGACACCAUCCACAGUGCUGAGAGUCCUGUGGUGUUCUUUCCAAAACGCUACACGAGCCACAGCAGCAUCCACUACCACCCUGGAGACAAACAGCUGUACGCCUGGGAUGAUGGCUACCAGACAAUAUAUCAAGUGGAGACACAUACCAGUGAUCAAAUUACAGCCGAGUAAAAGUUUGUUUCACAUUUUUUCUCUUCUAAAGUGAUCAUAUUCCUACCAGUUAUUACACACAAUAAGUAUUCACACAUUAAGCCCGUGUUACAGUCUUUUGUCCUGGUACUUUGCAGACAGUAGACCAAAUAAAUGUUACAUGUUGUAUCACAAUAAUAAAGAGCAUUAAAAGGCA